CACAAAUCCAAUACCGGUGAUUUAAGUGGCCGCUCGCGCGGCGCGGCGCGGCGCGUAGUUCGGGUCAAAGACCCACGGGCCGCCCUCGCGGGGCUUCUCCUCGCGAAUUCCGGCAACGGACGGUGUCUCCGCGGUAAUUAGCGGCGGAAACGGCGGCAUCGCGGCCCGCUUCGAGCCCGCGGGGCGGCCGCCGAGAGGCAACACGGAACGGAAGAACGGAACGGCCGGCGAACUUUCCGGCGAAUGAUCGACGGAAACUUCACUGCGUUGGUUGCGAUACGAUCGAAGGAUAACCUAGACAAGCAGAAGAGAGAUAGAUAAAUAGAGAGAGAUAGCUAGAGACAGAGAGAGAGAAAGAAUUAUGAGUCGCCCGGAGAGGAAUCACGGAUGAAUUUGUUCGAAGACAUGCCGAGAGAAGACCCGCUGGUCGAGGAGGACGUGACCUGCUGCUAUCGGAUGACCUUCCUCCCUGCACGGCUCCGAAACAUCCGGGUGACCGAGCCAGUGUUUCCGCGGCUCUCGAAAAUCUUCACCUGGCAGAGCAUCUUUUGGCUGGGCAACAUCGCGAUCAGUUUCGCGCUAGGCUGGGCUGUCCUCUACUGUCUUCUCGGCAACACGAUGUUCCCUUACGGAGACGGGUUCGGUCUGUACACUAUCGCGAUCCUCUCGUACUCCCUCGGAUGGAGCUUGUCCUAUCUGCCCUACCUACAUCUGCCUCCGGUCUUCGGGAUGCUGCUCGCCGGCCUGAUCAUCCGCAACUCCGGCCUCUACAACAUCCACGAGGACCUCGGCACGAUCGCCACCUCCAAGAUCCGCACGUUCUGCCUGACAUUCAUCAUGAUCCGCUGCGGGCUGCAGGUCUCGAUGACCAGUCUGAAGAGGUACACCGUGUUCAUGGUGCUCCUGGCUGUCAUUCCCUGCACCGUCGAGCUCGUCAUCCUUGGCAUCUGCUGCAGGACCAUCUUGGGCUACCCCUGGGAUUGGUCGUUCAUGGUCGGGGCCAUACUCGCUUGCAUGUCGCCGGUAGUUACCCUGAACUGCGUGCUCACCCUCGCCGAGAAGGGCUACGGCGAGGACAAGGGCCUCGCCAGCGUCCUAUCCACCGCCGCCUGCCUCGACGACGUCCACAUCAUCUCCGUGUUCGUCCUCUGCUUCUCCAUCGUCUUCGGAAACGGUGAGACGCAAAGGGAGUGGUACGUCUACAUACCCGUUGGUCUGCGAGAUUUUGUGCUGAGCGUCCUCGCAGGAUUCGUCUUGGGCGUCUGCUGUGUCUUUUUCCCUCAUCGCAGCCACGCAAGAAGCAUCGCCACUUACGCGGUGGCGACCUUGGAGAAAUCGUUAAACUGGAGGGAACGGCUGUUCGUCGUCAUGUGUUGGCUGCCCAAAGGCACCUUGCAGGCGGCUCUGGGACCCAUGGCGUACGAACGCUUGCGGGAGAAGCCGGAUCACGAAGACGUCCAAAUGGCCCUGGAGGUGAUGAGGAUAUCCGUGAUUACCGUUCUGUUCUUAGCACCUGUCGGUACUAUUGCCAUCAUGGCCACCGGGCCGCUUCUGCUCAACCAAACGGCGGUGGAAGAAGACGAAUUGGAUUAUUUAAGGAGAAUCAGCCUGACCCACCCUCAUUCGGCCGAUGAAAAGAAAGGGAGGUUUCAACUCACCGGCGGCCGCAAUUAAAUUCAUUUAUUCGAGAGACAAAGUCUUAAAUAGUGUCCGUCUAACAGUUGUAUCGUUAAUAAGAAACGUUUAGUCAA